CAAAUAGAGUGCUCUACACUGUGAUUGCAAAAUCUACUGAGAGAUCUCUACGUCAGCUCUCCUCGCAAAAUAGAAAUGCGGAGCCUUCUAUUUUCUAAGAUCGCACGUCUGUCAAAGCCCUCAUCAUCAACCCUCAAAUCUCUCCUCCCUCCUCUCUCUCUCAGUCAACAACGCGACUCCAUCCCCAGCGAUUUCUCGAGAUGGGCAUCGCUGGGCCAGCACAAGCCCCUGGCCUCCAUCAUCGACAUGGACCGAGCCAAGCUCCGGUCCCCUGAGGACCUCGUCACCGUCUGGGAUGACUACCAUUUGGGAAGAGGUCAUAUAGGUACAUCAAUGAAAGCAAAGUUAUACCACCUGUUGGAGCAAAGAUCAAGUUCAUGCCGGCAUUUUGUUAUUCCUUUAUGGAGGGGAAGCGGCUACGUCAACAUAUUCCUUCAAGUACAAACUCCUUACAUGAUCUUCACCGGCCUUGAGGAUUACAAAGCAAGAGGAACUCAAGCAAGCCCUUACUUCACUGUCACCCACUACACUGAGUUUGGAGAGACCAAGGGCUUGGUGCUCGUUCGCGGAGACGUUGUGCUCACCAGCAAGCUCACUGAUGAUGAAGCACGUUGGCUUGUUCAAACUGCUCACUCUUUUUAUCUGAACGACACACGAUACAAGCUUGUGGAAAGGUUUAACAAAGAGGCUCAUGAGUUUGAGUUCAAAGAUGUCCUCCAAGCACUCGAAAUGCCCAUCUUGUAAGUCCUACAGUCUUCUGUUGCAAAGUGAGGAAUCGGUUUGACAUAGUAUGUAGUUGAUUCCGUAGGCUGUUUGGUUUACUGCAGAAAGAAAGUAUAGUAAAUUUUGCAGUGACAAAUGGUGCAUGUAGUAUUUUUGCAUAAAAUUUGGUUGAUAUCCAUUGUUUGGAUAUCUGCAACUUUAUGGUAGAAAAUGUAUUUCUAUUGAAAAUUCUGAUUUGGUUGAUAAAGAAUUGAUUCAAAAGUUCUAAGAUUUGGGAGUGGAAAUGUUUUUUUAA